AUGAGAGGCAAAACAAAAAAAAGAAAAAUAUACAAACGUUUCAGCUCUCUUCCCAAGACGGAAACGUCAACUCUUCCAACAGUCCAUUCACACACAACGUGCAUCAGGGUACAGCAUGUUUCUCACCACUUGCAUGCUUAUAUAUGCACAUUAGUUAGCGGCAUGUCACACCACCGCAUGUGGCCCUCCCCCAUCACACCCAGCCGCACAGACGCGACAACAACAACAACAAAAACAACAACAAAAAACGACACAUAUUCACCUCAUAAAAAGAACACCAACACACCACAUGCCAAAGGACGAAGUUACAUCGUCAAUUUGUGUCACUCCUUUUACAGCCCUACCGGAGAUGAGACAGUCAUAUGGGUGACUAACGUGGUGCGUAGCUGCGCAGCAAAAUACAAUUACAUCCCUCAUAUUCUCCAUUCACAUGAGACUUUGGUGAAGAGGAGAUGCAACGAAAAUGCAGCUAAUGAAAAAUGCCUCAUACGAUGUUAG